GCAGCGCCAAGAUGGCGGCAGCGGCGACCUGCGGCACCGGCACCAGGAGUACUGGAUCUGUGGUGGCGGCGUCCAGCAGGAACAACGUCACCAGCUUCCAGCGGAGGGGUCCUAGAGCCACCGGUGCCGACAGCGGCUGCUCUCGACUGGUGUCCAUCUCGGGGACACGACCGUCGGUGCGGAAUGGACAGCUGCUGGUAUCAACCGGGCUCCCAGCCCUGGACCAGCUCCUAGGUGGAGGUCUGGCCGUUGGAACAGUUCUUCUAAUUGAAGAGGAUAAAUAUAAUAUUUAUUCUCCUUUGCUCUUCAAGUAUUUCCUGGCAGAAGGAAUUGUUACUGGACAUACUUUGUUGGUUGCGUCUGCAAAAGAAGACCCUGCUGACAUUUUACAGGAACUUCCUGCACCAUUACUUGAUGAUAAUUGUAAAAAAGAAUGUGAUGAAGAUGUAUGUAAUCAUGAAACAGAAUCUAGAAUGAAGAUGAAAAUAGCUUGGCGUUACCAGUUGUUACCCAAGAUGGAGGCUGGACCAGUAUCAUCUUCAAGAUUUGGUCACUAUUAUGAUGUAUCAAAAAGGAUACCACAAGAACUAAUUGAGCCUUCAAAAUGGCAUGGAUUUUUUCUUCCAGAAAAAAUAUCAUCAACUGUUAAUGUAGAACCCUGUUCUUUGCACCAUGGCUACAUAAAGCUGCUACGGUUUAUCCAGAACAUCAUUUGUGAGGAAGGAUUUGAUGGAUCCAAUCCCCAGAAAAAACAGAAAAACAUUUUAAGAAUAGGAAUCCAGAAUCUUGGUUCACCUUUGUGGGGAGAUGACAUUUGCUGUACAGAAAACUGUGACAACAGUCACAGUCUUACAAAGUUCCUCUAUAUGCUCCGUGGUCUUCUGCGAACCUCUCUUUCAGCCUGUAUCAUCACAAUGCCAACACACCUUAUCCAGAAUAAAGCAAUUAUUGCUCGUGUUACAAACUUUUCAGAUACAGUAGUUGGUCUGGAAUCAUUUAUUGGUUCUGAGAAAGAAACCAACCCAUUAUAUAAAGACUAUCAUGGUUUGAUUCAUAUUCGGCAGAUUCCUCGGCUUAAUAACUUGAUUUAUGAUGUAUCAGAUGUCAAAGACUUAGCAUUUAAAUUAAAAAGGAAGCUGUUCACCAUUGAGAAUCUUCUUUACAAACACAGUCAUGGAAAUGGAAUGAGGACAAGGUGGUUGCUGUAGGAAGACAAAAUAAAAGACCAGUAUCUCUCAAUCUGACAAGACUUAAGCCAAAAGGGAUUAAUAUCAAAAUACAUAAAGUCAUGUAGCGUGGGAAUAUAGGGAAUAAAAAUUUGUGCAUCAAAGCCUAUUACACCAGAGAAUAUUGCUUGACAUUUGAAAGAGAUAAUUUUAGAAAAAAUAAACACAGAUGCUUAUUGGUAUAUACCACUUAUAUUUGCACACACACGUAUACAGAUAAAUGUAGAAAUAUAGAUGCAUCUGUGUGUGUGUGUGUGUGUGUUCAUGUACUAUAUACACACAUGUAUUUCUUAACUUUGUCUUCUGGAGAGCUUAGAAACAAUAACAACCUAAGGAACACUCCAAGUACCCAGAUAUCGGUUUCUGAGUAUCAUCUCCUACUAAUAAACAGGAAAUUUAAAAAGGGGGGGGAGGGGAGCCUCUUGGCAAAAUAGCCAGUUCUAGGGCUGAUACACAGAAAGUGUAAUGUGAGAGUAGAAUUUGUGCCCAGAAGUAGGGAGGUACUCAAAGAAUGAUGGGGACAUGAGAAAAGGCACAGGAGCCGCUUUGAAGAAGACCCAACUAGCCAAACCUUAGAAAUUUGAGCUUCAAAAUAAAUGGUGGAAAAUAACCCAUUGAGUAAAAUGGAAAUCCAGGUAUCUAUACUGAGAUAGAUAGAUAGAUAGAUAGAUAGAUAGAUAGAUAGAUAGAUAGAUAGAUACUUCUUUCUUACAGAAUGCCAGCUAAUAGACAUUGAAGGAGUGGUGAAAUAGAAAAUUACCAUUAAUAAUCAUAGCUAUGUUCAGUUUAGACGGGAGUUGUCAAUUGGAGGCUAAGAUAGGCUGGUGGGUUUGAUCAGGUUUGAUGAGGAAGAGGAUAUUGACAAUCUCAGAAUAUUUCUUUCACAAACUACUAAUCAGUUAAAAAGUACAGAAUGGUGACUUUACAGUGAGAAAACCUAACGAACAGUACAACCAAGUGAUCAAGGUUUACAUCGCAAGUGAGUUGACGUCAUGUGUGGUACAUCACCUUGAUGUGAGGCGCUAGAAGAGCAGUGUGUCUUAUCAGUGGUUUCCUGCCCCAAAAGCAUUGAUCAAGAAGAAAUAUCAGGUAGAUCUAGGUUUAUGAUGAGCCUACAGAAUGAAAGUCCUGUAUUCUUGAAAAACUGUCGAGCACCUGAAAGGCAGGGAGAAGCUGAGAAUACUGAGAAAGACUGAGUGUCCUCAUAUCUCCAGGACAGUUUAUAAAGUGUGAAUGUGGUCUGCAGAUUGACAGUAGUGUUGUAUCAAUGUUGGUUUCCUGACUUGAAGGAUUAUAUUGUGAUUAUGUAAGAUAAAGUCCUUGUUUUGGAUAAUAGUCGCCAGAGUAAUUGGGAAUGACAGGAAUCAUAUAUGCUGCUUAUUCUUAAAUGGUUCUGAAAAAGGCUGCUUAUGUAUACAUGUAUAUUUAUAUACAUGUUUAAAGAAGUAUAUCUAGAUUUCAAUAAAAAGAUAGAGCACAUGGUGAAAUGUUAAAAGUUGGGGAGUCUAGGUGAGAGGGAUAUGGAAAUUCUUUGUUCUGGUGUUGCAUACUUUUCUAUGUUUGAAAAUAUUUCAAAAUAAAUUAUUACAAAAUGUUUAUUUAGAUGGUAAUAUAGUAAAUACCUUGUAAUGAAAAAUGAGUAUUUCUGCAAAAAAAUAUAUGAGUAGUUACACAAAGUUAGCUUAAUAAAAACUGUAAAUGGCUUUAUGUCUGUUCAGGCUAGAUUGUGCCACUAAAUGAGUUAAGUUUUUCAGAGGUUUCUAAAUUUGUGAAUUGAGAAUAAAGGUUGUAGAUUUUUGUAAGGUAUCUGAAGCCCAGAUAAAUAAGUUUUCCAAUCUCACACAGAAAGUAACAAAACAAAGUCCAAAACCAAAGUCUCCUGAUUGCAAAUCCAGUAGCCCUUGGAUGACAGUCUGGAUGACAAAUUACUGAGGCAAAACAGAGACAUUUGUGUUCAAAUUUUGACCUUUGGGAGUUCAUUUUGGAAAGUGUCAGAUUUACAAAAUGGCCCUAGGAGCUACAUCAUUAGUUUUACCAAAAGGGCAUGUUCUGCUUUGCAAUUUUCAAAUGCAUCCUAAAGAAAUACAGAAAACCUUUUUCUUUCUCCUCACCUAUUUCUUACAUGAUAGUAUAAAUGUAGGAGUCAGUGGAUUUCUUCCUUUCAUCUGCAUCCCAACCCAGUAACAUUUCCUUCUUCCUUACAGAAUUAUAGCAAACGUGUGAACUUCAAUCACUACUUUUUCCAAUGUGAUUUACCAAUCAUUUGAAUAUCCGUAGUGCCUAAUGUGUUUUUAAAAAUUCAAACAGCCGUUGACUUGAACUGCUGUAUAAGAAAGUGUUCUUUCCUGUGUCCUGUAUAUGCCCAUAUCAUUUUAGGUAUAGUUAGGAGUUUUGUAUUCAAACAUUUCCUUUUCUUCUUUUUUAAUGUCCUGAAGUGCAAAAAGAAAAUAUUAUUGAAAAUAUUAUUUUCAGUUAUGUAGCCAAUGUAGGUAAGUCCAUUUUGAGGGCUGAAUAUUAUUCUUUACACUGUCACCAUUGCUUAAGUAGGUUUCCAGUGAGCUUCUUAUAUAUCCCAUAUCUCCUAAUAUUCUUAUUCUUUAAAUACUUUUAAAUGAUUCUCUGGAAAUGACCAAGUGUUACAGUUUUGCUACUUAAACACUACAUAUUUGAAAUAAGAUUGUUUAUGAGUAAAGAUAUGCCAUUGC